AUUAAGGAAGACGUAGUAAAUUAGUUUCGGAAGUAUAGGUGUUUUGGUAAAGCAAAGAAAUUAGGAAACAUCCAACAGCUACAAGUCUUUUCUGUUGCUUUCAGUAAACUACCGGCCGGAAAUUUGCACUUCCACUUCUCCUAAUCCAAGGAAUUGUGAAAAUUGAUUGCCACCAACCGCUUGGAAAUUAUUAACUUCAAAAAGAGGAAACAGAGGAGGAGAGCACACUCAAAUUUACGCACAAGGCAAAGAGAGGGGAGAAUAUGGCCAAGAAGCAGCUGGUGAUGCUGGUUACUGCAGCAUGGGGUAUCAGGAGCAGCUUCCAAUCUCUUGUUGCCCUUCUCAUUGCCAUUCUAGUCAUAGCCUCGAUUUAUCUGAGACAAAACAAUGAACAAGUCUUCGAGUAUGGGACUACACAUAAAAGUUCCGGUGGCUUGUCGUCAAGGUGCAAUUUGUUCUCAGGGAAGUGGGUAUAUGAUAAUAAAUCUUAUCCUUUAUAUAAAGAGAGAGAAUGCACGUUUAUGUCUGAUCAGUUAGCUUGUGAGAAGUUUGGGAGAAUGGACCUUAAUUAUCAGUUCUGGAGAUGGCAACCUCACCAAUGUGACCUCCCUAGGUUCAAUGCCACAGCAUUGCUGGAGAGGCUUAGGAAUAAGAGGCUUGUUUUCGUUGGAGACUCGCUCAACAGAAACCAAUGGGUUUCGAUGGUCUGCCUGGUGGAUUCAGCCAUCCCUCUAGCCUUCAAAUCCAUGGAUAACAACGGUUCAAUAAACAUUUUCAAGGCCACUGAAUAUAAUGCAACAAUCGAAUUUUACUGGUCUCCAUUGCUGGUGGAAUCCAACUCUGAUGAUCCAGUGAACCAUCGCGUACCAGACCGGGUUGUUAGAGUUCAGGCAAUUGAGAAGCAUGCUGGGCAUUGGACAGAUGCCGACAUUCUUAUUUUCAACACCUAUCUUUGGUGGAGGAGACGCCAAAUGAAGGUUUUGUGGGGAUCUUUUGAAAGCCCGGAUGAUGGGAUAUAUAAAGCAGUAAAGCUGCCAAGAGUGUACGAGAUGGCCCUACAGACAUGGGCACAAUGGCUGGAGGUUCAUGUCAAUAGAAACAAGACCCAGUUAUUCUUUAUGAGCAUGUCACCAACUCACCAAAAGGCCGACAAAUGGGGUGGGAUCAAAGGUGAAAAUUGUUACAGUGAAACGCAACCGGUUAUCAAAGAAGGAUAUGUGGGAGAUGGAGCGAGUCCAAGGAUGAUGCGUGUAGUCGACAGCGUGCUUGGCGAAUUGAAAACAAGAGGCUUGAACGUCCAGAUGAUUAACAUCACACAGCUAUCAGAUUACAGGAAAGAAGCUCAUCCAUCAAUUUACAGGAAACAUUGGGAAACAAUAGCAGAAGAACAAUUAUCGAACCCCCAGAAUUAUUCAGAUUGUAUUCAUUGGUGCCUCCCUGGAGUGCCUGAUGUGUGGAACCAGCUGCUCUAUACCUAUAUUCUUCAACUUUGACAAAUCACAUUACCAAAUAAAAUGUUUCUGAAAUUAGGAAAGCUUCAUAGAACUGUUGAUUGAAUGAACAUUAGAGCUCACAACAUUUCAUAGAGGAUGGUUUUCCCUUUUAUUUGUAAAAAAUUGCAAAUGGAGCUUAAAUUACAGUCA